AUGAAGCUUAUGUUGCUGUUGUCAUUGGCGUUGGGCGUCUCUUCCAUUUCCAUUGCAAGACAUAUUCACCGAAGCGACCCGGUCGUGACGCUGCGGAAUGGUACCUAUAAGGGCGUUCACUCAUCGCAGUACAAACAAGACUUCUUCUUGGGAAUACCGUAUGCGCAGUCACCUACUGGAGAUCUACGAUUCCGCAAUCCCAAGCCACUUGACGCCUCUUGGAAAGGCGAGCGAGAUGCGACGACAUUCUCUCCUGCAUGCGUGGGCUAUGGUGCUUCGCAAAUGGGUUACAAUGUUUCCGAAGAUUGUCUUUACUUGAACAUCAUACGCCCCUCUGGCAGUAGCAAGAAGGACUAUGGUGGCCUUCCGGUUGCGGUGUGGAUCUAUGGUGGUGGUUUCGCACAAGGAAGCGGGAUUGAUCUGCGCUAUAACCUUUCCUUCAUCGUGCAAGAAUCUGUCGCUCUGGGUCAGCCCAUGCUUGGUAUAACGCUCAACUACCGAUUGAGUGCCUGGGGUUUCCUGCAAGGGGACGAGGUGCGCAACAGUGGCGACACCAACGUGGGCCUCCGCGACCAGAGACUUGCUUUGCAAUGGAUUCAAGAAAAUAUAGCCAAUUUUGGGGGCGACCCUCACAAAGUCACGAUUUGGGGCCAGUCUGCAGGCGCUGCUUCCGUGGGUAUGCACGUUAUGGCUUACAACGGUCGAGACGACAAACUCUUCCGGUCAGCCAUCAUGGAAAGUGGUGGUCCUGUAGCUAUAUCCGACCCAGAUCGUAAGGGCUAUUACCAAGCGGCGUACCAGAACCUCACUCAACUCGCUGGAUGCAGCAAGGCACCUGACUCAUUGGGGUGUCUGCGGUCUCUGCCAUAUGAAAAGCUCAACGCAGCCAUCAACACGACAGCACUUAGUAGCAUAUGGUUCCCUCAAAUAGACGGCGAUAUGAUAGCUCGACACUCCUCUGAGCAAUUGAAGGACGGCGCUUUUGUGCAUGUCCCGAUACUCAUCGGCACAAAUUCGGAUGAAGGGACAUCUUUCUCACCGAAGGGCGUCAACAACACCGAAAUCUUCAAGAGGGCGAUUCAAGGUUCCGCACCACUAAUGAAUGCCUCGUUUGCCGACCGCGUGCUUGCAGCGUAUCCAGAUGAUCCAGCUCAAAACGUCCUCGCCAAUCUUGGUCCCACAUAUCGCCCAGGCCCGCCCUACGGCGCGCAGUACCGGCGAGCUGCAACUUACUACGGUGAUACACAGUUCAUUGCCAGCCAACGGCUCACCUGUGAGACCUGGUCCGCAGCCGGGCUAACUGCAUACUGUUUCCGCUUCAACGCGAUCCCGGCCUGGGCUACACCCCUUGACGGGGCCACACACUUCGUCGAAGUAGCAUUUGCCAUGCUGAACUUGCUGGGGGUCGGCUAUCCGCCUGUGCGCACGCCACCAUUCGAAGGGAAGCCACCAGGUUAUGCCAAUCUAGCGAGGUUGAUGAGUAGCGACUGGAUUCGAUUCGUCAACACGGGCGACAUGAGCGCUGUUUCUCUGGAUACACUUUACAAACCUUGA